ACUAGAAAAAAGAGAGACGCGAUUGAGUCAGAUGCAUGACCGAUACUCAAAACAAGAUCACACGAGCGCCAGGUGGACAAACACACAAAGCUUCAAGGAUCACAAAUCCUCAAAGCAUACCACGUAGAAAUGGAGAUUUAAAAAUAAACAUUUUUAAUUAACUAAUGUAUGAAGUUAUUUAUCGUAAGCAACACAAGAGGAGAGAUUUACAGCGCACGUUCAGGCAGCUCUUUUAUGUACAUUGUGAAUGGCGACCAACUUUUUGGUGAAUAAUGGUUUGGAUCCUUACACAAAUUACACACUAUUGUAUAAGACUUCAGAAGAGUUGAAAUGUUAUGCAUAAGUCAUAUAGACAGCUUUCAAGCUUGACAGCCUCUGGUUACCAUCCACUUCCACUGUAUGAAAGAACGCAUUUAUGACACCCUGCUAAACAUCUUUGCUGUUCUGUUGCAAUAAGAAAUUCCCUGUAAAUGCUUGGAAGAUCUGAUUCAGAAGAAUCAUUUGCUUAGACAUUGUGUCCGUGCAUAUGUUAUAAUGGGAGUUGGCUGGGCAAGUCAAAGCUUGACUACACAUUUGAAGGACAUGAUGAUUGUUCUUUAGUUUAGGUGGAUUAUAUGUGACUAAUUCAACCCUUAACCUGUUUGUUGAUACCCAAACGUCAAGAAAUCAAUCACACACCUGACAUUAACAUAAAGCCUUUACAAGUUUAAAUUUAUUUCAUUUGUGACCCACAAUUUAACACUGUAAAGCCUGAUAUAUUAAACAAUAGUAAUAAAAAGUGUUAUUUAUUGGAAAGUUUGCAUGUGUUUUAUAUUUUGUAUCAGAUGAUACAACCGGGCUCAUAUGGUAUGAUAUAGUGAGAACUUGGAGCUUACACUGAAAAACAUUUGCUUAAGUCAUCUUAAAACCUUAAAGGCAAUAUAGAAGUCAUUACCUUUGCUUGGUAGAAAAAUUAUUGUGUACAUAAGAGGUUUCUGAUUUAUAAAUUGGCCACAAUGACUCGUUGUCCUAAUAAAAUGCGGUGAUUUGUGAGGGUGAACUAAUUAUCACCCGACAACCAGCCGAUAGCUUUAGGAGGGAAAAAAACACCAAACCAACUGAUCAUGGAAAACGUGAGUUUUUUGUUGUUGUUCUUCUUCUUCUUCUUUCCGUUUUACAGCAGUAGGUGGCUAAGUGCACUUCCGACACCCACUGGGGUGGAGCAUAAAACCGAGAUGGAGGAAAAAAAGAAAAGGGGAAAAAAGCUUCAACAUAGUAUUGACCAAUGCUGCUGUCUGAUGUAGUUAAGAAUUUAGUGUUUUGUUCGCGAGUGAAUCGAAUCUAUUUGGUGAACGAGUCUUGAAACGCCAUUGGUCGGCACGGUGUAGGUGAGACUCGUGCAGGUGUCAGAUUUCAUGAGGAACGUCAGCCAAUAAGACAUUCACAUCACUGCCCUGUCAAACGUACACAGGGGUUAAGACAGCCAGGAAGUUCCCAUUCUGCCAGGAAGGUUGACAAAGGAGCUCAUGUGAGAAUAGAGACAGUCAUAAGCGCAUGUGAACGAUACCUCCAGCAGAGGACUACAAUUUGAAUAAGAAGAUGCUGCGUUUACUCAUUCUCUUUUUGAUUCUUCGAGGUGCAGCUGCAACAUCAGAAGACCUAGAAGGAACUUCUUCAGGAGAUAUCGGUGACGAUGAGGACGGUGACGAUUAUGUGAAGGUUAGGCGUCCUGUGUUCUCAGAUGCUGGACCUCCUGGAACAAAACCUGGAUCAGAUAAAUCCACAGGAGACGAUGAAGCUAAUGAAGGAGGAACAUUGGUAAUCAUCAUAGCUGCCGUCAGCGUCAUAGUUCUGGCCAUUGGAGGUAUUGUAGCUAUUCUCCUCUUCAGACGCUACUUGCAAAACCGAGAACAGGGGGUCUACUCUGUGCCAGCAGAGCAAGGACAGAAAGCUGCUGUCUAACCAUCAGGGCCUUUUCAUUUCCACUCUCCACUGGAUCCUUUCAGGGACGUGCUCCAAGCAUAUGAUUUCUCAUCUGAACGUAUCUAUAUCUAUAGUGGAUUCUAUAACGUCAGUAGACGAGAAUGUUUUGCUGUCACAGAUUUUCUAUGAACCAAACUAUUUUUAAAUGCACAAUUUAUACUGCUCAUGCACACGUGCUGUAUGUUGCACUCACAGAGAAAGUCCAUGUAGUACAGCUCAUGGGAACUUUUUCCUCUCUGCCUGCAAUUAUUUUUGAUUUAAAUCAAGUUCAGACAGUUUAAAGACGUGUAAUAUUUUCUGUCUUUAGAUAGUCUCCUUAAAAGUAAGCCAUUCAUAGUCAUCCAAAAUAUAAACAAACACUGUGCCUCUGUUUAUUGUAGUUCAGCCAAUGGCAUGAGUUUGGGGGCGGGAAUAUCUAAUUAAGUAGCCAAUGGCAGAAAUCACGAACUGCAGCUUUAAGCAAACACCCUCCUUAUUUUUGCUUCCAGUCCUCAAAUGUUAGCCGUCCCCAGUGGAUUUAAAGUGACAAAAUCAAGGCUGUUAAAAUAUAAAGCUGGUCUCUGGCUCUCUGAUUAUUUGACAAAAGAGAGAAAGAAGCAGAGAGAAAAACAAGUGGAAAAGAGGCUCUGAACAUCCACCUGUCAAAUGGUGAAUUAAUCAACCGCUUUAAAUAAUGAUGUUGCUUUCUUUUUUCUUUCUUUCACCGUGGCCAAGUCCUCUAAAGCACAGCAGAUUGUAAAUAGCUCUGGGAUGCUGGGUAGCAGACUAAUGUUUCAUAGGCUAUAUACUCCUGGCCUUAAAAGGGAGAUAAUUCAAUGGGUGAACGGAGUAAAGAUACCACAUGUAGCUACAAUGAGGUUCCAUUGCACACUUUAAAACAUCAAUAUUUCAUCAAUAUUUAACUCCCAUGAUAGCGCACAAACAUCUCGUAGAUGUCUAUUUCACGAUGUAUUAUUCAGAGUGUUUGCUCAUCUGCAAUACAUCCUUUUAGAUCAAGUAGACGUCUAUUAAAUGUCUUUAUGAUUUAGAAUGUAUGUAAAACUGACAUCUGAAAGACGUAUGGCAGACGUUUGUAGAUGCUUUCCAAAUCAAGAGAUGUUUAGCAGACAUCUUGCAGACGCGUGUGUGAUAUCUGGACCUCCGCAUUCGUAAACCCGUUUUAGGAUCUUUCACGCUACGUCGUAAUUCAGGGAUGACAACACGUGACAUUAUGCUCCAAAUUAUGUGUUUCUAUGAAAACACUAUUAUCUCCAAAUUCCUUGCGUUCCUGAAUUACGGAACUCGUAACAUUACGACUUGUGACAGAUGUACCACGUGACCGGCUCUAGGUUCAUUUUGGCGCUUCUUAGGCACUAUCUCUGAGUCCGAUAACAUGGGAAGUUAUAAGUAAAAUGUCACGUGUUUUCAUCUCGGAAUUACGGUAAUGACGACAUAGCAUGAACGCAGCAUGUGAGUAAAAAAUGGCACGUGUUGUCGUAUCGGAAUUACGGUAAUUAUGAUCUAUUUACAUAUUCGCAAUACGUUGAUUGGAUUAACGCACCAUGUGACGUUCACGUCAUUACAUAUUCUAGAUGUACUAAAGUUUUCUGCAACUUUUUAAUUUAUUUAUUUGGAUUACAAAGGUAAAAAUAAAAUUAGUCUCUUCUUCAUUCCUUUUCUCGUCACACUCAGACAUUUUUCCAAUCAAUGAAACGACUGUAUAAGCAAGUCGCGGUGAGCGUCUGAAGCAAGUCAAGGCACGUGAUUGUCUAUUACUAAGCUUUCUGGCACCCCAGUGCAGUGUUUGUACCUCAAAAGCAGUGUCAAACUGGCUCUAAAUUACAUGUGUAAAACUACAUAGGCACAGUAGACUUGGUUAACGCGAGGCGUGAAAAGGCCAAAUGUGUCACUAGCGGUUGUCAAUUUAGUUUUUUCUUUCCUUAUAGCAAUUACAAACAUUUGAAGACACAUGACAUUAUCAGUAUAAAGCAAUAACUAAAUAACAAACAUUAUUAAUGGUAUCUUUUUUAGAUUUUGUAUCCCAGAUCUUUAAUGUGCUCUCAGAUUUUGGACCCCAGUGUAUCCCUAGCGUGAUCGAUUGAAAUGGAGACACUAUAGCGAGGUGCUUACUUUUAUCUUCCUCUUGCUCCCUCAUCUUUUUUCUUCCAUUUUUGUAGAUUAAAAUGGAAAUCAAUCAAAGCCCUUUUAGCCUGAGUCUCGAGACUCCGAGCGUCUCAGCUCUUUACUCUGCAUUUACACAAAGACGACAGGCUGGCAAACACAUUUAACACUGCUGAGGCUAAGUUUUUCUGUGCUUUCUUGCUAUUUUGUUAAAGGGACAGUUCAUCAUAAAAUGUACUUUAAUCAUCGUUUAUUGUUAUUCCAGAUCUGUAUGACUUACUUUCUUCUGUUGAACACAAUCGAGAAUGUUUGGUGUCACUUUUAUUUUACAGACAAAAACAUUGUUACACAGAAGAAAGUAGGCUAAGUCAAACAGACAACAUGGACGGGUCGUUUACCAGGAUCUCCUUUUUAAAAAUGUUUCCAUUUCCUUUCUAGCUGAAUUUUCUGUUUCUUGAUUACCUGCUUUUCUUGGGCUUGCCGGUUUUCUAUUUAAAUCCAAAUGAAAACCAAUCUUGCGCGCAUCAGACAGCUCGAGCUUGUUACUUUGAUGCGUGUGGGCGUGUAUAAAGGCAUUAGUGUGUAAUAUUAAUCAACAUUUGCAAUAUAGCUAUUCUGGAAAAUCAUUCGCUAAAAGUGUCCUCAGACAGAUAUAAAUGUUAUAACUGGAAUUGGAAAAUCAGAAAGAAAAAAAAAACAUUUCAGCUUUUUUGAGUCAUUCUUAAAGCCAGUUUCACAUCAUUUUGACAUUUUCCUCCCACUUUUCAAUAGAGUUUUUUUUUUUUAUAAACCGUUUUAUUAACUCCUACAACUUUCUCUUGGGCUUUUUGGGCAGGUUGCUUUAUGUUAUGUGAAGGGACUUUAUACUGUAAAAAGAAAAGAAAAAAAAAAAAGCUUUAAUAUUCCGCCAUUCAAGUAACUCCACAAAUUGUUAUCAUGUAAGGGGACAUUCGGUUCACACAGAUUCACAUUUCAAUUAUGUUACCGGUUUCUCUUAGUGGUUAGAAAGGAGUGGAAAAUGCAGAUGUAGAUUUUCGCUCUGAAGGUCUCACUCAACAGUCUUUGAAGAGAAAACCAUAAGAGAUUGUAUUGUAUUUCCUUUCAAUAGAGGCUGUUUCUGACAUCAGCGCUUAUUUUCUUUUAUGUUAUGUAAGGUAUUCUGUCAGCAAAAACUGUAUACUUAAAAUAGUUUUAUGAAAAGUUUAUGAGGUUUGAAAGAGAUUAUCCAUUUAUAUUUUUCUUUUAUAAAUAUUAUCAGUAGUGUUUUUCUUUUAAAUAUUUUUGUAGCACGGUGUCACUGGAUAAAGCAGCGUAAUAAAUCAUGCAGUAGUCGAUACCAUAUGCUUUAUUUUCAAUAUUUCUGUGUACAUUUGACCAGCAGUUUGAUAAUAUACUAUACUACACUCCAGAGCAUUGACAGUGCACUCAUCAUAACUGUUGACAUUAUUAAUGGACAUUUGUGUGAUUUCUACUGAAGUUUAAAGGUUAAUGCGUGUUGCUGUAUAUAUUUUAUAAGACAACCUGUCAUCUGUUUGUUGUAUGAGACCUAUUUUAAAUAAAUAUUAUUGUUCUCAACA